AAGCGUCUGUCGUUAUUGUGGCACGCUCCUUCCUCUCCUCCCUCUCUGUUAGCAAGUGGUUUUAGCUAGCGAGACAACUCCUUAAAUCAUAGGCUAAUUAUUAUGGUUUGAUUUCCACUCGUGUAACAGACUUAAUUUCUACUCCCCCUUCAGAUAAUUCAACAGCUUCCAAAAUGAACAUACGGAACGCCAGGCCGGAGGACCUUAUGAACAUGCAGCAUUGCAAUCUGCUGUGUCUCCCGGAAAACUACCAGAUGAAAUACUACUUCUAUCACGGACUGUCCUGGCCUCAGCUCUCCUAUAUUGCAGAGGACGAAAAUGGUAAAAUUGUGGGAUACGUGCUGGCAAAGAUGGAGGAGGACCCCGAUGAUGUACCUCAUGGACACAUUACAUCCCUGGCAGUGAAGCGCUCGCACAGACGUCUAGGUCUGGCGCAGAAGCUGAUGGACCAGGCCAGCCGAGCCAUGAUAGAAAACUUCAGUGCAAAAUAUGUCUCACUCCAUGUUCGCAAGAGCAACCGAGCAGCUCUGCACCUGUACUCAAACACACUCAAAUUUCAGAUUAGUGAGGUAGAACCUAAAUAUUAUGCCGAUGGGGAGGAUGCCUAUGCCAUGAAAAGAGACCUUGCCCACAUGGCUGAUGAGUUGAGAAAGCCUGGAGUCCGUGCACCAGGUCAAGAUGCGCCAUCUGGCCAAAGCCCAUCAGGGUCCGGCGACCAGGAGAAAGAGAGUGAACGUGACAGUGGAGGAGACAGCAAAGAGCUGAGUGAAGUCAGCGAAGCAACAGAAAGCACAGACGUUAAAGAUUCUUCUUCUGAUUCACAAUGACAGUGCAGUUCUAGAAAUUUUUAAAUUCACUCUCCAUCUAUUUUUAUCCCCAUUUGAAAAUAUCUUUGCAGUAUUGGUGACUAUGGCAACUAUGACCAGCCCUUCCAUCGCUGUUAUGCCAGGAAUUUUGCUUUUCUUUGCAGUGAAGUAAACAUAAUCACAAUUUCGGUGCUAUCUAAAAUAAAUGAGGAUUCAUAUUGGGUGUCAACGCUUUUAUUAAAAUGCUGUCGUCUUGACAAAGCUCUGAAAUCGUCUACAUAACAAACGAUUUAGUCACAACAUGGUCUUAUUUAACAGAAUGUAAUCAAAUAAAUCUUUCAAAUAAUGUA